AUGGCCAAAAGUGGAGAGGCCUUGCCACAGGGCAGCCCAGUGCCAGUCCAGGAUCCUCACCUCAUCAAGGUGACAGUGAAGACACCCAAGGACAAGGAGGAUUUUUCAGUUACAGACACAUGCACCAUUCAGCAGCUGAAAGAAGAGAUAUCCCAACGCUUUAAGGCCCACCCCGAUCAACUGGUCCUAAUCUUUGCUGGCAAGAUCCUCAAGGACCCUGACUCACUAGCACAGUGUGGAGUACGGGAUGGCCUCACUGUCCACCUGGUCAUUAAGAUGCAACGGCGCAUCAUGAAUACUGAGUGUCCAGCUGCUUCAGUCCCUUCCACAGCCCAAAGGCCUGGAUCACUCCUCCAGCCAACCUCUAUUUUCCCAUCAGAUGGGCCUCCCACUUUCAGCUUAGGGGUCCUCACAGGACUCAAUGGACUGGGCCUGACCUCUGAUAGCUUCCCUGACCAACCAAGCUCACUGAUGUGGCAGCAUGUAUCUGUGCCUGAGUUUGUGGCUCAGAUCAUUGAUGACCCUUUCAUCCAGGGUCUGCUGUCCAACAUGAGCCUAGUACACCAACUGGUUCUUGACAACCCCCACAUGCAGCAGUUGAUCCAGCAUAACCCUGAGAUUGGGCAUAUUCUCAACAACCCUGAAAUCAUGCGUCAGACGCUGGAGUUCCUACGCAACCCUGCCAUGAUGCAAGAGAUGAUGCGCAGCCAGGACCGGGCGCUCAGUAACCUGGAAAGCAUCCCUGGUGGCUAUAACGUGCUUCGUACUAUGUACACAGAUAUUAUGGACCCAAUGUUUAAUGCAGUCCAGGAGCAGUUUGGUGGCAAUCCUUUUGCUACUGCCACUACUGCUGAUACCAAUACCAGCAGCAGCCAACCUUCAAGGACGGAGAAUUGUGACCCUCUCCCCAAUCCCUGGGCUUCAACAUAUGAAGGCUCAGGUGGCAGACGAGGAAGGCAUAUUGGAGACCAGGUUGUAUCUGAAAGUAGAAAUGGCAUCCCCAACAUUCUGGGUAAUUUAGGGCUCUAUGACUACCUCCAGCAAUUACCUGGGACUUCCCUGUCCCUUGGAACCUAUCUGCAGAGAAAUGCAUCCUCCCUCAGCCUAAACCAGGAACAACGUCCAUCAGGAAACAGAGUUCCCUCAACUUCAUCCUCAUCCCAGGAACCUGGAUCAGAUCAGCCUCUAUCCAAAGAGUCAGUGACUAUCAAGGGAAAGUCCUCCUGCCCAACAUUCCUGAGAUAUCCCACAGAGAGCAGCACUGGGCAAAGUGGAGGUCAAGAUGCAGCAGGGGAGGACUCCAAUGACCAUAGCACCAAUAUGCCUGAUCUUGUCUCAGGGCUGGUGGAUUAUGCCAAAAGGUCCCCAUUAGUUCCUUCCCCACCUUCUCCCAUGACAGCCACCUCUGGAGUCCCUGAGCCUGGCUGGCGGCCACCACCAACUUAUUCAAGAUCUCUGAGGCCAGCUGACCUCAAUCAGAGUUCCCAGGUGCAGGAUGAGACGCAAAGGCAAUUGCCACUACUGCUGCACCUUCAGGCAGCCAUGGCAAACCCCCGGGCCAUGAACGCCCUCCUUCAGGUUGAACAUGGUUUGCAGAUCCUGGCAACCGAAGCUCCAGGCCUCCUCCUUUGGUUCAUGCCUUGCUUAGCAGGGCUGGGGAGUAUAGCAAGAGGUACACAGCCUAAAGAAGAUACCCUUAUGACCGAGGAUCCUUCUCCAGCUCCAGCUCCUGAGGUUCCCCAAGCACGGGGUUCUACUGAGCAGGGGCUCCAUUCAAUUCCUUUCUCCAGAUGUUACAAGCCUUAG